AUGGCGGUCGGGUGUGAAUUUAAAGAUUUACGUGACGAUCUUGUCUGUAGCAGGUUGAUAUGUGGCAUAAGGGAUAUAGCCCUAUCCGAAAGAUUAUUACGUGAACCAGACAUGAGGUUAGAAAAAGCAAUCGAAAUAUGCAGAUUGGCGGAAAUGUCGCGUAUGCAAGCAAGGAACAUCAAGGAAAACCAAGAAUAUAAUAGCCAGGUACACGCGAUUAAUGAAGAAAAGAUAAGCGAGCACGACAUUAAUGGGAUACAGCGACGCGAGCAGUCCACGCAGGGUUCACGCACAUCACAGCAGACAAAGACCGGCCGUUCUCGUUAUGACCAUCCGCCGAGACAAGACACGGUGAACCACUCAACUCAUACGCCUAAACAAACAGUACAGCGAUAUCAGCAUGCAAACAGAUGUGGGUACUGCGGUCGAGUGCACAGAAGGUACGAGUGUCCGGCGCGGGGUCAAAGGUGCAUGAAGUGCAACCGCAUCAACCACUUUGCGAGGAUGUGCAGAGUUCAUUGCGUACUGGAGGACUCCACCGAUCAGGUAAUAAACAAAAAUAUUUGUAAUUGUAAUGAGUGGCUAGUAGCAAUAGAAAUUGUAAAUGAAGGUAUUCCAGAGACGGUUAUGUCGGAUAAUGGCCCCGAGUUCUCAUCUUUAGCAUUUUCUGAUUUUGCAAGAAACUGGAAAUUUCGUCACGUCACGUCAUCGCCUAGAUACCCACAGUCCAAUGGUCAGGUCGAGCGGUCCAUUCAAACUAUAAAACAAAUAAUUAGAAAAACUGCGUAUGCACUAGCAAAGAACUACCAUUACCCGCAGAGUUACUAUAUAAUAGAAAGCUACGUAGCAUCGUGCCGUGCAACCCUAUAUUAUUAA